AUGCUCUCCUCUGAAAAUGCUUCAUGCCAGCUCGUCGAAUAUCAGGCGUAUGAGAUCCAACUUCCUGAUUGUGGUAUCUCUACUGAUCACAAAAUCGGUAGAGGUACAACUGCUUGGGUCUACAAGAUUCAUUUGAGAGUAGAACUUGUGGAUAUUGUCCCCGUCUGCAGACGCGUUGCUUUGAAACGCUUCUUGAAGCUCAACGACGGGUUUACCGACGAAGAACUUCAGUCGAAUUUGAAGAGAGAAGCAGAGGUGCUCAGAAAUCUUUCCCAUCCGAACAUUGUGAAUUUCAUUGGAGUGUGUUAUGAAAAGCCAUUCAUUGGAUUGCUCAUGACUCACUGCGAAGGAUCCUCGUUGAGAGAAGUGCGCAGCAAUAUCCCUUCAGGAACUGUGCUGUCAACGAGCCCAUUAAUUCAUUGGGCGAAGCAAAUUGCCGAUGGCAUGGAGUACGUCACAAAGCAAGGAUACAUCCAUCGAGACUUAAGAUCCGAUAACAUUCUGGUCUUGGAGAAACCUUGCUAUUGCGUGGACACAAGUUCGUUCAGCAAGAAGUGCAGCUGCAGGAACACUCCAAUCGGAAACCUUCGCUUAAUGAUCGGUGAUUUCGGUGAUGCGAGGAAAGUCGAGGAAGCAGUCGACGCAGCUGGUUCGUACGCAUAUAUUGCUCCGGAAGCCUUUCAGUGCGGAAGAUGGUCAGAAGCUGCGGACGUCUGGUCGUUCGGGGUAGUCCUCUGGGAGAUCAUCACGGGAGAAUAUCCUGCCAAGAACAAGACUGCGAUGGAAGUUGCCCAAGACGCAUUCGUCGGAAAACUGCUUCCCGUCGACCAGCACCCAUUCGAUUCAAAAUGGAAGGAUAUUAUGCUGGGCUGCUGGUCUCUCAUCCCAGAACACCGGCCAACCUUCCAUGAACUCGCAAAUGAGUUCAGAGUUUACUCGAAGAAAAGGUCAAGCUUGACGAAGUUCAUUGAAUUCAAGAGCACUGAAUUGGAAGUUCUUCAUAAAGCAAUCGAGCUAAAUAGUGGGAAGCUACUCCCUCUCAAGACUACUCAAGGCCAUAAAGGAAGGUUCAUGCGCUCUGUCUUCGGCACAAAAAAAUAUGUCAUGGACGACCAAAGAUCAAGCCAGAAGGAGCCGGUACAACUCACCAAAUAUGAAAAAUUUUUUUGA